AUGGAAUUAAUUCGAUGGGAAGCCACUUUAUCCAGCCAUAUGGGUGUAGCUGCUCCUAAUGAACCACGAAUCGAGGGAGUGGCAGCUCAAAGUAGCCUCACCACACAGACCAAAGACUACAGGCCAAAAGUUCAUAUCAAGUCUCACCCACUUGCAAAAUGGUUUGCACAGGCACGUCUUUCCAGAGAGUGUGAUGGAGCUCUCAGAGGGGAUGACAGAGAAGGCUAUAAACAUGGAGAUUCUUGCCAAAACAGAUCAGCUAAAAGAAAAGUGCUAGGAAGAGCUCUAGUUUUAUUGUGGGAUACUUAG